UGCUUUGCGCAUGCGCAAAUCCCAAGAUCAGCUUGGCAUCUAUUUGUAUUUAAUAACAUUAGUUGAAUAGUAAAGUUGAAGUGUUAGAAAUGAUUCUAUGUUUUGAAUGAGGUUAUGACCCAAGUAACAAGAAAAUUACUGUGAAAAACCAUUAAAAAUGGCUCUGUCUCAAGGUAAUAACAACACGGGAAUGUCGCAACUUAAUACUAACAAUGUGCAGAUGGCUGUAUCUCAAAUGAAUACCAAUUCUGGUACGCCAGUCCAAACUUCCGUGUCUCAAUUAACUGCUCAAGUACAAGCUGUACAAAACAGUAAUAUGAUGUCACAAAAUCCUCAAAUAAUGGCUGCAUCAGAUGUUCCUGAAGUUCAAAUGGCCGAUUUAAAUACUAGUACUGGCCAGUCCAUGCAAAUGACAGUGCCUCAACUCAAUUCUCUUAAUUCUCAAAUGAUCUCUAAUUCAGAUGUAUCUGAUGUUCAAAUAACGCAACUUAAUUCUAAUACUGGACAACCAGUACAAAUAUCUGUAUCUCAACUUAAUACUAGUACUGGAGCUCCUAUUCAGACUUCAGUCCCUCAACUUACUGCUCAAGCUCAAACAGUGCCUGCUGGAACUAUGAUAUCUCAAAGUUCAGGUCCUCAUUCAAUUAUGAUUCAUCCUAUGAUGACAAUGACUCAAGCACCUCUUCAGCAAUUACAAGGAUCUGGUACUCCUGUACAAAUGACAGUACCUCAACGAAAUGCUACCGGAGGAGGACCUGUUCAGAUGACGCAGCUUAAUACUAGUACUGGACAACAAGUACAAAUGGCUGUAUCGCAAUUGAAUACUAGUGCCGGAACACAAGUACAAACUUCAGUACCUCAACUUACUGCCCAAGCACAAACUAUGCCUAUGAUGUCUCAAAGUUCUGCUCCUCAUCCUACUAUGAUUCAUCCCACAAUGGCUCAGUCACCUCUUCAACAAGUUCAAGUAAUUCAGCCACAGCAACUCCCUGCUUCUUAUCUUCAACAUUUGUAUCCUCAGCAGCAAAUGCUUUUCCCAGGAAACUUAACAUUACAGCAUGCCGGUAUGACAGCCCAAUCUCUUCAAGGUCUUGGUGCAACUCAAGGCCUCAGUCUUCAACUGCAAGCUAAAGCAAUAGAUCCUAAACAACAAGGUAGUGCUCAAAAUUUGCAAGCAGUUAAUACCAAUAAACAAAGCAUUGCUGUCAAUGCUGGAACUAUGAUGACUGCACCAGGGCAAAUGUUUACAGCACCCAAAGCUAAUUUCCAACAACAAAUGAUGACUGCCCAAGGUGGAAAAUCAACCAUUAUACACAGUCAGUCUGGUUUUGCUCCAGCAAAUGCUAAUCAAACUGUUGUUAUCGGACAAUUGGGAAUGUUGCCAAAUCAACAAACAAUUCUUAAUCAAAAGGCUCUUCAAGAUUCACAAAAAGGAAAAGCAUAUGCAUUUCAAAGUCAGCCAACAGCUCUUCAACCUAAAUCUCUUUAUUCCUCUUCAUUGCCUGUCAAUUCUACAGCUCAAGUAUUCAAUAGUGCUCAAUUAAAACAAAUUUCAUCUCAACCUCAAAUAAUAACUUCUCAAGCUCCUGGAAAUGUUUUAAACCAAGCCCAAUUAUUUGGACUGCAAACAAUUGGAGCGUCCUUGCCACCUGGUCUGUCUUGGGCUACUCCAGGAUGCUUACAGUCAUCAGCUCUUCUUGGCCAAAAUCCUAUCAUUAUUAGGAGUCAAGAAUCAAACAUGUAUAUACAACAGCAACCUCAAACUGCCAUGCAUUUACCUGUGGCUGCAGCUGCUGCUCAGCCAAUGCCUCCAACUUCUUUCGUUUCCACUGCCAAUAUACCUCAGAAGCAAAAGCAAGUUAAAGUGAGGCCAGGUACACAAACAGUAGCUGUAGCGACUCAGACUAUUGUUUCUAGUGCUCCUACUGUACAUUCUAACACUCCACCUAUACGUGCUCAGAUAAAACCAAAAGCUCCUAAACCAAUUGCUACAGCAUGUUCACCUCAAAUAGCUCCUCAGAUGGCAACAACCCAGACUCAAACGAAUCAACCACCUCAAAUUGCUCCGCAACAUAUGCAACAGCCUUCCAUCCAUAUACUUACUCAACAAAAAUCAGACGCUUCAAAUCAAACUCAGACAAACCAAACUAACGAUAGAAAGCCAAUAGCUACUUAUAGUAGAUCUGUAUGUGUAGGUGUCGAUGCCAAACAGCAGCUUCCGCCUCCACCACUACCAAAAUCACAGGCUAUGGUCGCUCCUUCCGCCAAAAUCAUUCAAGCAACCGUUUCUCCCUGCAAUGAUAUGUCUGUGUCCACUUCAACAUCAACAAUCACAACAGUGUCUUCUUCUAUGCCUAUACUACCUACUUCCACUGUUCAAAUUAAUACUUCAGUGCCUACAUUUGAUGUCAUUUCAACCAUUACUCCAUCAGUGUCGCAUGUAUCUCCAUUGCCUAAAGUUGUUGUAGUCUCUGACCCUGUUCGUGAGCCAAAUAAAUCUGUCUCUACUGAGCCCAUGCAAGAAGCAAUCACAUCUCAUAAAAAUGAAACUGCAGAAGCGUCUGUAGAAAAAGAACCAUUAAAACCUCAACAGCCAAUAGCCAAACCAGCAUUAGGUCCUGUUAAAGAAAAACAACCCCAAAAGGCUAUAGUAAAGCCACAAGUAUUGACUCAUGUUAUUGAUGGUUUUGUCAUCCAAGAAGGUCCUGAACCAUUUCCAGUUAGACCAUCAGUGCUAGAUUCACCCUGCAGAAAUGUAUCGGAUAAACUAGAAUUGAAUCAAAAAAGGAAAGAAAUUCAGUCAUCAGUUGCCAGUCCUGAAAAGAAAGUGAAAAUUCAUCGUGGCAGAGGUAAUGUUGAAUUGGCAAAGUGUGAAUUUUGCGGAAAGUUUGGGGCUAAAAACAAAUUUAAGAAAUCUAAACGUUUUUGCUCUACUUCCUGUGCUAAAAGAUUCAAUGUUUGCUGUUCCAAACGUGUUGGGCUGCUUCAUCCAGCUAAUGUGGCUCCAGGCCCUGGACGUAAAAGAAAAGUGGGCAGAGGUAGAAAAAGUUUAAAGAAGCAGGCACUUAUUGAAGAAAGUGAGGAAGUAAUUGAAUCUCCUGUUGAUGAAAGCAAUACAAGUAUUACUGAAGAUGAUUCUUCAGUUUUAUCCAAUAAAGCAGAAGAAGAGCAUCCGAUGCAUCAAGAGAAUUCAUCUUUGCCACCUGCUACAGCUGAACAGGAAAUAAUUGAAAUUCAAAAAGCAGACAACUCCGAUUUCGUACCCCCAUCUCAAAAAUUACCUUCAAGUUGGAGUGUUCAAGAUGUGUUUGAAUUCAUAAAAGACACACCUGGUUGCUCUGAUUAUGCUGAUACAUUUCGGUCCCAGGAGAUUGAUGGUCAAGCUCUGCUAUUGCUUAAAGAAGAUCACUUAAUGACUAUGAUGUGCAUGAAACUAGGUCCAGCUGUGAAACUUAUAUCAGUUAUUAAUGGUAUUAAAGAGGAGCUUGAGAAGAAAAAUUUUAUCACAUAAAUGUACCUUAAAUUGUUUUGUGUGCUAAUAAUUGCUCAAAAGUUGUUAAUAGAACUAUCUUGUGUUAAAUUAUAUUUUGACUUCUUUCUUUUUCUUUUUUUAAAAUUUUGUUCUUGCAAUAUACUUAUGAAAAAUGCGUGUUAAACAUGAAGUUUGCUUUAGAUCAUUCAUUUAUAUACGAGAGGCUCUGAAUUAUGAAUUAAUUUUUAGUACAGGUUUAGAAAUUAAUUUAUAAUUAAGUUAUUUUAUCAUGUGUAAGCAGAUUUCAAAUUUUUUAAUUCUUAAAUAUACUUGUAUCAGAAUCUCUAAAUUUAUAUAUCUAUUAAUAGUAUUUAAAUAAGUAUUAUAUUUAAUUUAUUUGCUGUUCUUAUCUUAUGAUAUAGUUUGUAAGAAGAAAAAAAAUCAUAAUUUGAUUUAAUAUUGUUGCAUGAUUUCAGUUGUUUUUGCAUGUUUUUGAAAUUAUGAAAUCUUCCAUAAUUUAUAGAAUUACUGUGAAAUGUCCAUGUUUUUGAAAUGAUCAUAAAUGUUGUUAUUGUUAAUUCAUUGCUAAAAAUGCAGUGCCUCUAAUCACUAAAAAGUAGCCUUCAAGAGCAUUUGUUGUGUAUUGUUUUCGUGCAUUUACUUGUAAAUAAAUCAUUCAUAUUUCACUGUACCUGUACUCAGUUUUAAAGAUAUAUAUAUAUAUAACCUCUCAGGUUUUUAAGGAGAUGUUUUGCCACUGCCAAUUCUUCAUAUACAUAUUUUUAGAAACAAUUUAUACCUACCUAUUUAUAUUUUUAGAGUAUUUUUACACAUAUUGUUUGCUCUAGCGGGAAGACAUAUUGUAGUUAAUGAUAUUUAUUGUCAGUGUGAUUGAUUUGUUUCUUAAAAAUGAUUUAAAAUAUUUUUAAGGAAUCUCUGAAUUAUGUAUACAUAUAUAUCAUAAUGCCAUUAUCUUCAUAUUAGUAUAUGUUCUUUAAAGGUUUGCUAAUGCCUGUAGAUUAGAAUUAAAGGAAAAAAUUAUUUUCUUUUUUAUUUGUUUUAUACUUAUUUUGGUGAUGGCUGUUAUAUAGGUAAAAAGUAGAUUGUUUAUUCAGAAGAAAAAAAUUUGUUAGUUAUUUCAGUUUUUUUUUAUGUGAAUAAAACCUAAACAUUUGACCUCUAGUGUGUUUGAGUAAUCUUGCCUAUCUUGAAACUAUUUGUCUUAAAAAAUAGCGAAAUUAUUUUUCUGUUUUAAGAUUUAACAUUGAAUUGUUACUUUUAGAGAUGAAUAGUUAAAAAAUAACAUAAAAUGUCAAUUUAUCAAUGCUUAUAUAACAGCUUAUUUAUAUUUGUACUCAAAAAUCAAAAAAUUAUAAUUAAAACCACAAAUUUUUUAGUAAAAAUAUUUUUAAUCUUUUAUUUAUAUAUAUAUAUAUAUAUUGAUUUUAUUUCACAAUUCUUGCUGACAAUCAGUAUUCUAACUUAUGUAAAUUUCCCAAGACAUUAUUUUAAACAAAUUCAUUGAUUAGGAUAAAUAAAAAUUAAUAAUUUUUUUUAUUUCUACUUCAGUUUUCUUUUUUUAUUAUUAUUAUUAUACUGUUCUCCCCUAAUAAGCUGAUCUUUUUACAAUGUGUAAAGACAAAUUAGAACAUUUAAGUUUGUUAACUUUAUUUUGCUUGAUCUUUCAAACUAUGUUUAAUUAUUGUUUAACUUAUCUAAAUGUAAAAUGUAUAUUUCAACAAAAGACCUCAUGAAAAUAAAAUUUAUUUUUAAUAUAGAAA